CAAAUUUAAUGAGCCAAGGCUGGCGACCCAUCUGUUUCACUGCCAGACUGCCAGUCCUGACAGACCGAACACGGACCGAGUUUUCGACUUUCUAUUUUUUCAUUUCCCCACUACUGCGUAGGCUGGUAAACCGUAUUCGGCUACCGCAUGGGGCGUUGGCAGACCCUUUCUUCCUCCUUCUUGGGCGAAACGGUGGAGCCGCCAAGCAGAAUAAGCUUGAAUGCCCCGUCAGGCAGACAAGAAUCCGUCGGCGAAUCACCGCCCCGAAUGAUACGAAUACGAUGUUGGUCUGUUGGAGCUGACAGGGUCGUCUUCAGCCCUGUGGGAGGUUCCUUAUAUUAUAUCUUUGCUGUCCUUCUUUUGGCCCUCUUCUCCUCGCCAGUCUUCACCUGUCUGAUCUGUCACUUCCAAUCAAGUCAAUCCCACCCAUUCUUGCGCCAUGAGCGACUCAUCUCGCACCGUGUCUUCCAGGUAAGCUUUACUACUCCUUAUAGAUACAUCCUACCUAGUAUCCAAACCUAACCUCCAAUCUAGGGGGUCCUCCAACUCAAACGCCUCCUCCACAGCCGCCGCAGCAGCAUCAGCAACAUCAUCCAGGGCCCAAACCUUCCCUCUCGCCCACC